AUGACGAGCGAAACGCAACCGAGAAUCACUGGAGAACCGAAGGAGCAGCUCAGGUGCAUCGAGGAAAGUUCUCCGCAAGGCAAGCGCAUCGCUCGAGGCCACCCAUCCGCCGCCCGGCGCGGCGGCCACUGCGCGGGAUCUCCGCAGCGCUGCCCAGCCCCGCCUGCAUGCCCCAUGCGCGGCCUGCACGCCCUCGAGCAAAAGACGAAAAGCUCGCGGGAUCCUUCCCGGGGCGUGCUGCGCUCUCAAGUCCGCGCCCUGCGCUCCGCAGCGAUCCUAAGGAAGGGAUCUCUCCGUAGUCGAGGUGCCCCCGGCGAAGGGGGCGUGGGAAAGGCAGCCGGCGCUUCUACGAUCCCGCCAAGCGCUCGGCAGUCCGCUCCGUCCCGCCAGCCGCGAACGCUUCUUGGCGGGAAAGCCCGAAGGGCGGGACGAGGGCACGGGUCCAACCCCGGUCCCCUGGCGCCGAAGCAGUGCCGCAAGGCAGGGGAGGAGGGAAGGAGGCGCCGGCAGCAGCAGCCCCGCGAGCAGCGCGCACACCUGCCCGAGCGGAGGGAGGGAGCCCCGCCCUUUCCGAGGCAGCUAGCCACGCCCCCUCUGCCCCGGCACGCGGGCCCCGCCCCUCGCGCACACGCCCGCCCGCGCUCUCUCCCCGCGCAGGUAAACUUUCGACUCCCACUCGCGGCGAGGGGGACGCAGGCCGAUGUCACCGAGAUCCUGCGCUAUUUAUAGACGCGCCAGGCAAACGUGGCGGGAAGGGGAUCCUCCCUCGCCCCCGCCCUUCCCUCCCUCGCCACCAAGGGCCGCCCGCCUCGCGGGAGAAGAGCGCCGGAGGAGCCGGGCGCUCCGUCUCCUGGCCCCGCCGCCCGCCUGCCCAACGCUCCCGGGGGACCGAGGAGGAGGAGGAGGAGGAAGGAGCCUCCGCUCCCCUCGGGGGCGCCAAGAGGCGCGGCAGCCUCCGCCGCCCGCCUCACCCCCGCGCGGUCCUUCGCCACCCGUCUCGCCCACAGGCAGCCCGAGGGGGUGUGGUAGGCGCGGACGGAGCCAGGCCACCGGGCCCAGCGCCGUCCGUUGCUCCACGCUGCCGGCUUCGCCCUUGGCGGCCGUGAUUCCCCGCCCCCCCCCGCCUCGGAAUGCGAGCAGCCUCUCGCGGCUGCGGGAACGUGGGCAGCUCUGGGAGGCCGGCGGGGGCCGCGGGCCGGGAGCUUGAGGGAGCCCCUCGGGGGCCUGGAAGUUCAGUCCUUUCCACCCCCGCUCCGAAGGUGGCCAUAGAAAAAGCCCCUCUGAGCCGCUGGGGUGGGGUGGAAGGAGGCACAGGGGCCCGGGGAAGCGGGGGCCGAGGACCGCUCCGGAGGGGCAAGCGAAGCGGAGGAGAGGGCAGCCCCCUCGGCUGGAUGGCGACUCAAAUUAACGCCCUGGCUCGCGUUUCUCCUCAGGCAGCAACAGCAGCGCCUCGCCAUCCACACCCACUCGCGAGAGAGCCCGUCCUCCUUUGUCUUGCCACCAUCUUACGGAAAACGAGCACGUCCAAUUUCUCUCGUGCCUACACUGGGGGGAUGUGUGUCGCGUAGGCACCGCCGAGCAGCCAGAGAGCCAUUUUGCAUCUAGCGAGGAGCAGUUCGCUCGCGAACGCGUGUGUGAAGUGGGUGGGGGGGGGCAGAGAGAGAGAGAAGCUGC